UGCAGCUGGCGACUCCAGCUCUCUCAGGCUGCUGGGCAAAAGAGGCUCCGCGACCGCAGCCCCGCAACGCCGAGAGGCUGCCGCAGACAAGAGCUCGCCCGCGUUUCCUCGCGGCGCCUGGGGACCCGAGUUAAAACUUGAGCGCCGGCAGCAGAGGCAAGCGCCGCCUGCAACGUCUUCUAGCGGCUUCUCCUCAAAGUUGCUCCAGCCCCGCGCCUUUGGAGGAAGCUGUGCUAAAGCUGCCUGAGAGAGGGAGGUCGCGGGCGUCUGGAUUGCCUUCCGCUAUUCUGAGGUGCACAAUCAGAACAAGAAGGAGAUAUAGAAGUUUGAAAAUUCCUUCUCCCAGGGAAGAAAAAGGAGAGAGGAAACAUUCAAGUUAUCACCAAGAGGCAGAAGGGCAAUGCACUAUUGCUUGCUGAUGUAAAGCCUUCCUGUUCAAUCCAUGUUUAUAUCAGUUGGAUUUGAGGAAAAGAAUAAAUAUUUAACUCAAAAGUCAAAAUUUUCUGGCCUCCAAGAUUAAGGAUAAGCCUGGCCAGUAAAAGGUACAUGGGACAUAUGUACUAUUAGAGAUUAUCGUAGACAUUCCAAGAGCUGCAUCAAAUCAAUUGGACUGCCUAGCCUGCACAAACAUGGAGGGGGAUUGUUUGAGCUGCAUGAAAUAUCUGAUGUUUGUCUUCAAUUUCUUCAUAUUUCUGGGUGGUACCUGUCUCCUGGGAGUUGGAAUCUGGGUCAUAGCUGAUCCCACAGGAUUUCGAGAGAUCGUGGCUACGAAUCCUUUGCUCUUUACUGGAGCAUAUAUCAUGGCGGCUAUGGGAGCUAUGCUCUUCUUAUUGGGAUUCCUUGGUUGCUGUGGAGCGAUCCGUGAGAACAAAUGUCUCCUUCUUUUUUUCUUCAUGUUUAUUUUGCUAAUCUUCCUGGCAGAACUCUCGGCUGCAAUCUUGGCAUUUAUCUUUAGAGAAAAUCUGACCAGAGAGUUUUUUACCAAGGAACUGAAAAAACAUUAUCAGGGGAACAAUGAAUCAGAUGUCUUUUCUUCCACCUGGAACUCAGUCAUGAUCACAUUUGGAUGCUGUGGUGUCAAUGGUCCAGAAGAUUUCGAGGCAACCUCUCUUUCCAUUCUUUUGGAUUCCUAUCCUGCUGUUCCUGAAGCUUGUUGUAAACGGGAGCUCCAGUCUCGUGAUGGAGCAUUCAUCAAUAAAGAAGAAUGUUUGAAAGGAAGAGAAGUCUAUCAGAACCAACAGGGUUGCUACGCGGUAAUCCUGAAUUCCCUUGAAACCUAUGUGUAUCUUGCAGGAGCUCUUGCCAUUGGUGUUUUAGCCAUUGAGCUGUUUGCUAUGAUCUUUGCUAUGUGCCUCUUUCGGGGGAUCCAGUAGGAAGUGUUUCAUGAGACACAAGUGAUUUUUCAAGGACUUGCUUUGAAGAAGGAAAAGAAAGAAGAUAAACUUUAUUUUUUGGUUAGCAAACUAAACAAAAGGAGGGAAAGGACUGUAAUAUAUUAAUGAUCAAAAGGAUUGUACUUCAGGGGCUGGAACUUUGAGGUGCUGUCUAGUUCCUUGCCAUCUCCAAGAGGAGUCAUUCAUCUGAAGCCACUCAAAUGGAUUGCACUAAAAGCCUGCAAGUCAGGAUGGGAAAUAAACUCUAAUAAUAUCCAUGAUGUUGUCUGGAACACACAUCUCUCAUACAAUAAAGAUCCAUUGAUUGAAGAAGAUAAAGAAGACUACCUAC